AAUGAACAAAAAGAUUACCCUUUUUGUAUUAUUGGCUUGUGUUGUUUGCAUAGCUACACUUAUGUUUUCCUUCUCAGCCCAAGGUAUUAUUUUAAUCUAUAAAAAGAUGGAGAAUUAAAAAUGAAAAAAAGUCAUUCUUUUUCAUCAUCAAAGAAUCAUGAAUGGAUGGAUGGAUAUUGGUCAUCUGAUACAGAUUGCUAGACUAAAUGUAGAAAUGCUGGAGGUAUGAGUUGCGGUAAUUACUAAUAAAAUUGCUGUGUUGGAGCUAGAUGCAGAGAAGAGAAGGGAAUGUUUACUUCUUCUUUAAUUUGUGAUCAAAGAAUUCCAGUAUAAGGAUGUACAAAUCCUAAAUGAUAUACACAUUAAAUUAGAUAUUAAAAUAUUU